AUGGCUGAACUGAGCGAACAAGUGCAAAAUUUAAGCAUCAACGACAACAACGAAAAUGGUUACGUUCCUCCUCACUUAAGAGGAAAACCAAGAAGUGCCAGAAAUAACUAUAACAAUAGCAAUGGCGGCGGCUACGAUGGUGGCCGUGGCGGUGGCAGCUUCUUUGGAGGUAACAACCGUCGUGGCGGCGGUGGCAGCAGUGGCUACAGCAGUGGUGGGUUCUUCGGUGGUAACAACGGUGGCAGCAGAUCCAACGGACGUUCCGGUGGUAGAUGGGUCGACGGAAAACAUGUACCAGCUCCCAAGAACGAAAAGGCGGAGAUCGCCCUAUUUGGUGUCCCCGAGGAUCCAACCUUUCAGUCUUCUGGUAUAAAUUUCGACAACUACGACGAUAUACCAGUGGACGCCUCUGGUAAGGACGUUCCUGAACCAAUUGCGGAAUUCACUUCUCCUCCAUUGGACAGUUUGCUAUUGGAGAACAUCAAAUUGGCUCGUUUCACCAAGCCAACCCCAGUGCAGAAGUACUCCGUCCCUAUUGUUGCUAACGGUAGAGACUUGAUGGCCUGUGCCCAAACUGGUUCCGGUAAGACCGGUGGGUUCUUAUUCCCCGUUUUGUCCGAAUCUUUCAAGACCGGUCCAUCCCCUCAACCAGAAUCUCAAGGCUCCUUUUACCAGAAAAAGGCCUACCCAACCGCCGUUAUCAUGGCUCCAACUAGAGAGUUGGCGACCCAAAUCUUUGACGAAUCCAAGAAGUUUACUUACAGAUCUUGGGUCAAGGCUUGCGUCGUUUACGGUGGUUCUCCAAUCGGUAACCAACUAAGAGAAAUUGAACGUGGUUGUGACCUUUUGGUCGCCACUCCAGGUCGUUUGAACGAUUUGUUAGAGCGUGGUAAGAUUUCUUUGUCCAACGUCAAGUACUUGGUUUUAGAUGAAGCUGACAGAAUGUUGGAUAUGGGGUUCGAACCUCAAAUUAGACACAUCGUCGAGGAUUGUGACAUGACUCCCGUCGGUGCAAGACAAACCCUGAUGUUUUCAGCCACUUUUCCCGCUGAUAUCCAACAUUUGGCCCGUGACUUCUUAAGCGACUAUAUCUUCUUAUCUGUCGGUAGGGUUGGUUCCACUUCUGAAAACAUCACCCAAAAGGUUUUGUACGUUGAAAACCAAGACAAGAAAUCUGCCUUAUUAGAUCUAUUGUCUGCCUCUACCGAUGGUUUGACUUUGAUCUUUGUCGAAACUAAGAGGAUGGCCGACCAAUUGACAGAUUUCUUGAUCAUGCAAAACUUUAGAGCUACUGCAAUUCAUGGUGACCGUACUCAAUCUGAAAGAGAACGCGCCUUGGCAGCCUUCAGAUCUGGUACCGCUAGUUUGUUGGUUGCUACAGCCGUUGCUGCUAGAGGUUUAGAUAUUCCAAACGUCACACACGUUAUUAACUAUGACUUGCCAAGUGAUGUCGAUGAUUACGUCCAUAGAAUCGGUAGAACUGGUCGUGCCGGUAACACCGGUGUUGCUACCGCCUUCUUCAAUAGUGAAAACGGUAACAUUGUCAAAGGAUUGCACGAAAUCUUGACUGAAGCUAACCAAGAGGUCCCAUCGUUUUUGAAAGACGCUAUGAUGAGUGCUCCUGGUAGUAGAAGCAACAGUCGUAGAGGUGGUUUCGGUCGCAACAACAACAGAGAUUACCGUAAGACUGGCGGCGCUAGUGCAGGCGGCUGGGGUGCUUCAAAAGGCAAAGAUAGCUCGAUUAGAGGCGGUAGCGGCUGGGGCAGCGAUAACAAGUCCUCUGGCUGGGGUAACAGCGGUAGUUCUUCAAACAACUCUUCUUGGUGGUGA